CGACGUGACGUACCACCGUAGUCAUUCGUCCCCUGUCUCGCUCGGGUCGCACCUUUCUCCGUUAACCUCUUCCUCGUUCUGGCUGGUUCGUUCGCUGCCGAACCCCCAACAAUCCCGCAGCCACCGUCGUCAGCGGGGCUGUCGGAGGAGGGACAGUCUGAUUUACCCGUCGAAGGGAGCUCGUGCACCGUCACCCGGUGACCUAACCGCAGAGAGACAAACGAGAAAAGAAAACCUAAAACAGACCGAGAGAAAAGCGAUUGGCUCCUCGCGUGGUGCCAAAUUCAGGCGGCGGCGGUCUCGUUGCGAUUACAUCCACCUGGAGAGUCCUCCCGGCCCCUCUCCCCCCUCCAACCCGCCGCGGCCUGUCAUGUGAGUAAACCGUCGCGCGUUUUCGGACGUGUUAUGGCGUGGAAGUGCUGGCGAAACAUCGCAGUGCCGUCGUUCUCGUCCCACGUAACCAGGAUAUACCAGCAGCCGAUCGACGACCAGCUGUUGUGAGCCUCCUCCGCUGCUGGAAACAUGAAGAUACCACCCCUGUCAUGACCCAGUAUCACGGAGACGCGUGUGGAUGAGGGUAAACCAUCUCAACGAGAGGGAUGUCUGAAAGCGAGGGAGAGCACGUAGCUCGGUCGGUGGCCUUGGAGCAAGCCUACGUCCACGAGGUUUACGAGCAAUGCGCCGAAAAGACUGUCCAAAGCAGACACUGGCCACGGAUCUAUCAAUUCCUCGAGGAACUGGAGCCCGGGGCCCUAGUAUGCGACAUCGGUUGUGGCAACGGGAAGUAUCUGAGCGUUAAUCACAGCAUCUUUAAGGUGGGAGUGGACCGGUGCAAGCGUUUCACGGAUAUCGCGCGUGAGAAGGAAAAUGAGGUGUUGAUCUGCGACAAUUUGGCCCUGCCGUUUCGAGAUGAGAGCUUCGACGCGGUCCUCUCGAUCGCGGUGGUGCAUCAUUUCGCUACCACGGAGAGGAGGGUGCACGCGCUGAAAGAGCUCGCCCGGGUGCUGCGGAUCGGCGGCCGAUUGGUCAUCUCCGUAUGGGCUAUGGAACAAAGGCAUAGGAAGUUCCAGUCCCAGGAUGUCUUAGUCCCAUGGCCCAAAGCCUACUGUUCCAACUCGUCGAAGAGAUCGAAAUAUUCGGGCACGUUGAACGUCAGCGACGUGCAUGCCGCUCGGAACGCUCAAAACAGGGACAGCCAACGAAAAUGCAAGAGCAAAGGCUAUUGGAUCGACCCGAUAUUCAGCCCAUCGCCGUCGACCAGCAGCCUGUCCAGCCCGAACGAGACCUGCUACAGUUUUUUCCGUCGCGCUUUGCAGAAACUGGCUGGCGGCAGGCGUGGAUCCGGGAACCGGCCUUGGUUCCUCGAGAGCUGGCAGAACGGCGGCGGUAAGAACCGGAAGGACUACGAGCAGGAGGAGCCGCCGGACGUGGACGAGCUGCCAAUCGAGUUGCGUCGUGUGGAGGACGUGAACGUGAACCUGAACAAGCACACAGACUCGUUGAGCAUAAAAUCGAAGAGCCUCGGUGACAUCCUGGAGAUCCAGCGACUGGAGGAUCUGGUGAGGUCCAGAUCCAGCAUCCCGGGUUUAUGCUCCAUAUUAACGUCGGAUCUGAAUCUGGACGGUGAGUCUCGGACCUCGUCGUCGAUGAGCGGAUCGAAGCCACGGCUGGUCAAGCAGAAGUCUCAUCUCGAAGACGUCGCCGGUUUGGAAAAUCCUGUUAACACUGCCAUUCGAGAACUAAAUAAGGACAUUCCAGACUCUAAGGUAACACCCAGUCAUCACUCGAAGCGAGGAAGUAUCCUGAAGCAGAGCUCAAUGAACGAGGAGCUGAUGUCCACGGAUCGUUUAGAGGAGAAGGAGCGGGUCCGCCGGAACAUCAUGAAGCAGGCGUCUCUGAACGAGGACCUGAUCUACAAAGGGACCACGUUCGAGGCUCUGCGCGAGUCGUUGUACUCGGGAAACGCGUCGAAGCGGCUUCAGCGGUUCACGGAUAAGAUCAAACAGUCGACGAAUAUCGAGGUCUCGGGGAUGUCGAUCAAGAACGGUUUCGUGAAGAUCCUGCAGGGCUGGAAGUCGAGCGAGAGCGAGGCAACGCCAGCGGCCGACGCGCAGGACGAGUCCAAAGCGAAAGCCAGCGACAAGGUCGAGCCCGCCGCGACCGUCACCAGGGAAGUGGAGGGUAUCGAGAGACGCUUGUCCAGAGAGGACGGUUCGGACUCGUCCAAGGACAACAGUUUGCAGAGCGACACCAGUGUCGACUCCGAAGACAGCAUCGGGUCCGUGAUCUACGUGCCAAAGCAGGACGUCCCGCCCGCGGUGGACGUUCUGCCGGCUACCACCGGUCAUCAUCACCUGACCAGCACCUCGGCGCCUCCUUCUCCCCGCGUCAAACAUCCGCCGGACAUCUCCAAUUCCAUACUCAAGCUCAUCUCCAUAUCUCCGCUGCUCAAACAGUUUCCGGCGACCAGCAAAUCUCUGCCCCCACCUAGUCCGCCCGGGCUGUCACCUAGAACUUUGAAUCCAGUGUUCACGAGACCGUUCUUCGCUCCCCCUCCGACCCAGCAACCUCUGAACGGCGAGAAAACGCUUGCCUCGAACAAAUCGGACAACGUCGACGUCGGUCAACAGCCGGCCAGUCCGGUUCCAGAGGCUGAGAAGAAGCCCGAGAAGACCGAAGUCCGUAGGAGCAGCGUUUUCGAAACCAAGAAACCCUCUUUACAAACCAUACGCGCGUUCAGGUCCAUGUCCGAGACUGUAGACCUUGACGAACCAAAGACCAUAGAGGACACCGCUCCGUUGAUAUCCAACGCGGUGGAGACGAAGGUGACGCCUUGUCCAGAGAAAGAAAACGUGAUUGUUAAAGAGGACGAGAGUCGUAAGGUCAUGUUGAAUCAGAUCAAGGAGCUGUUGAAGCAGAAGUCGGGCUUCGCGACUAGAACUAAACCCUCUUUCCCAUUAGUUAGGCGAGCCUCGUCGACGGCCAGCGGUCGUUUGGAAGCUGUCACCAAGGUUCUGCCUCGGCUGCUGUCGCUGGAGCUGUUUAACCCCGAGACCGACGAUCUCGACAGCGACUCCAGCGGUGUGUCGUCGCCGGAGUCCGUGGGCUCGGUGAUCAGCGUGAUCUCGGACGAGAGGUACGCUAAAAAAGACAACAACAAGUCCGAAUGCACGGAGUCCGAGGUUCUAGACAGCUCGGCGGAGAACGUUUCCGAUCCAAGCGACACCACCAACGAGGAAUCUUCGGGAUACGUGGCUGACUCGAAAGAGGAAGAGGUUCGAACCGUGACAGACUCCUCGUCGCAAUGCUCCAGACUGUUGAAAGCGGCAGCUAACGUGGCCAGCUCCUUGGAGGACACGGUGGAGGCUGCGAUACAGAAAACGCACACCCGAGUCGGCUCUCAAGCACAACGCAACACAGAGACGUCUAUCAACACCGAGAACAAGAUUAGAACCGAGGCUGCCUUGAGCGAUCAGUUGCCAGAGGUGGAGGACACCUGGAGCGAGGAGUGCCGGAAACAUUUGAUAGACUUCACGGAGAGGCUGAACGGAAACCUGAUGCGAUCAGACCAGAAUCGCGAAGCGUCCGAAGUCAAAGAAGAUACGAGCCUUGGUCAGGUCUUGGAGAAGAAGGGGAAUAAGUCUGAGCAGGUACCGAUACUAUCUUCGGAGAUCUCGAAGUCUACCAAGUCCUCUAAAUACAACGACUUGUCCGACACGAUCGCUUGGCUGAGCAACGCGAACAACGGUUUCCCCGAGAACGCCGAGAACAACGUGGACGCCAACAACAGCGGCGUCGACAUGCACAGGAGCACGUCCGACGACAUUAUGGACUUUGUGAUGGUGUCGAACACCGGGGAGUUUAUCGGCGAGAAGGAGAACUCCGAGAAGAACUCCGCGAAGCCUUACGUGAGGUCAGCGAACUCUAUAGAGUCUAGCGACAUAGGUGAGUCCAUCGACAAUACCAUUAGCCUGAGCGACGGGAGUCACGCGGACUCAACCGGAAGACUGUGCAGCAGCAUGGUCUCCCUGUUGUCCAACAACGCGGAGUACCCGAAGUCGUACGCGGAGAAAAGGAGACUGCAGAUCCAGAGACGCUCGGCAUCCGAGGAGACCCCGCCUAGGUACCCCGACAACAGCAAACGCAGCACGGACUGUCUGGUCACCAGCACUGGGAGCAACGCCACUCUGAGCGCCUCGUCGUCCCAGGAGUCCCUGCCGUCCGACCGAGGCGGCGGCGCCAUAACUUAUCAUCAGUACUAUCACGUGUUCAGGGAAGGCGAGCUGGACCAAUUGAUCAACAAGUACGUGGAGAACCUGCACAUCAUCUCGUCCUACUACGACCACGCGAGCUGGUGCAUCGUCGCGGAGAAGGUGCAGGUCUGGACUAUAUGACUCGAGGCCCGUGCUCGAGUCGCACAUUCUAGUCUCCACGCCAGGCGGAUCACUUAUCGGGGAUCUUAAUCAGCUUGCGACGCCUCGGGGCUUUUACUUUCGUGUGGUACUGACCGACUUCUUUGCGUUUAGAAAACUGUAUGUGCGACGGCAACCGUCUCUUCACGAGCAUCGUUCCACGGAGUCCUUGUGCUCGGAUUUAUCUUCAAACGUUCUGGCUGAGAUUGAUUAACUGUCAGAGAGACUCUGCCAGGAGCAUAGUCAAACACCGAAACCGACUUCACGUCGUCGUAUGCCGGGUUGCCUGUCCCCAGGCGACAUCGUUCUCCAUAUUCUUUUAAUUCGACAAACCGAGCUUUCGUCUCUUAAAUGUUAGCUUACCGAAUCCCAGAAUCGUUUAACGAUAUACGUACUCGACUUUCUAGAUGCAACGAAAUUGGCCAUCUCGAACUUGCUGUUCACGAAGUACCACACGAUCCAAAGAGCAUUUCGUCGCGCGAGUAUCCAACAUUUCUAGCAUAAACUCUUGUAUCCACGACGUGUUGCGCAUGUCGACGAAUUCUGUUGAGUUGCAAAUACAAAAUAUAUCAUGUACCAUUCGCUAUGUACCAAAAAAACAGGGGGUGGGGUGGGGGCGGUGGACGACGCGCGGAGUUAGAGCCAAAGGUGGGAAACCAAAAGCAGCGAGAUUAGAGAUUAACGAAUAAGGGGGCGGCGUGUAAAUAUGUAAAAUAACAAGAAAACGUUUCCGACGUAAGCGCACAGAUCGGUAAACGAAGGUAUUCAGCAGUAAGCGACACUAAUAGAAUAGCGAUUUGUAUCAUUCGUCUAAGCGCUUGACCAAAAGAUGUUUCUCGUUUGUUUGUUCGUUUGUUAAAAAUUCGUCUUCGGUUCUCGUCCCCGUUGGAAGUUCGUAAUAUUCUAGACUCGAACCGUGAUAUCGCGUAGCUUUAGUUUAAGCGUUUAGGUCCAUGGUUCCUAAUCUUUUUCAUCGCAGAGAACACCUGUUAUCGAUCGGUCAACUUAUUCUAUUUAAGAUAUCCGUAAAAUGUGCGGGAUGUUCACACGAUUACCAGCCACCGUUCGCUAGGGAAUAUGUGAACACCCGAUAUGAUGUCGGUGAUCGGGUACGAUUCGAGUCGUGUUUUUGCUCAUUUCUUAAAACGUUCGAAUCUCUUGAAUGUUUAGUGUUUUCGCACAGGACAUGCUAAACCUUUAUGCGCAUCGAGGAGGUCCGGGAAUCGGUUAGGAUCGGUCCGCGCGAUCUUCGCGUAACCGUGGAUCGAUGAUAAAAAAAAAAAGAAAAACGAAAACGCAUAGAACGUACAAGAAACUGUCUCUCGUUUUACCGCGAGAGGCCGUGCGUCAAUCUCUCGCUGUUUAAGGAUUGACACGCGCGGCAGCAGCAAACGGCAAUUUUCAUUUAAUCGUGCAAUGUAUAUAAUUAUCGAUUCCCGUUCGGCAACCAUAGAUUACUUCCAGAUGUAAUGAUGCUUCGGUAGCAUUUAUUCGGCCGGGAAACAAUCAAGGGCUUGCGAGUGAAAUGUAUAUCGGAAGCGAGGUCCCACGGUAGCGGAUGUUAUUGCGCUAUUACUAUAGAAGGGUUCGAGGAAACUGCUGCAGGAAUGCCUCGUUUUAACGAAGAGAAUUUGUUUAGCAGAUCUGUCGUUGUGUUAAUUUUUUGAAAAAAUGUUCUAGCAUCGAUUGAGUCGUGCCACCGCAGAACUAUCGCGUGCAUACGAAUCGUUUCUACGUGAAGAUUUGUUAAACGAGGUAUUGCUGUACGCCCACCGAAAUAACAAGAGGAUCUACUUACAUUCGAAAAGGCACUAAAACCGUAGAUGAAAAGUGAAUCUACGUACGACAAACAGAAUCGAAGGUGUAAACAUUUUUGCGCGUAGAGUUAGCUUCUGAAAAAUAACAACGGUAAAAAGUGGGUAAAUAGCUGUGGGAUUAGCGCCUUAGCGACCUUGGACGACCAAUUAAAUUUCUUAUCAAGUAGCUCCGUGGUUCACACACGCUACGCGAAGAUCCUCUUAUCAUUUUGGCUGAAAAUAUUUGCGCUCUGUCGGUGCAAAAUGUUUAUCGGAAAUGUAAAAAAAACGCAAGACCUCUACUAUAUCAUAAUUCGACGUACAGUUCGAUGAGACGAGUCAGCCUCGAGUUAGAAUUCGAUGAACACAGUGAAGUAGAACGAUCAGAGGCGCGGCACUCUCGCAAAAUUCGAAACCUAAUAACGCGAAGGACCAAAGUAAAAAAAAAAAGAAAAAAAUAGACUGCGUCUCCGACUUCAUUGGCGUUUUACAAAAAAAAAAAAAGAAAAACGUGCUUACGUAAAACAACAAAAGAUGCGAGGAUGCACAGCGGGAUCAUCAAGUGUUCGGAAUUGUUGUAAUAUCGCAAUAACUUCAAGAAAAAUCACUCGACGAGCGUUAUACCACAGAUAGCAGGAGAACAACGUUAACAAAUCUCUCCGUAAGCUUAUCGUUGACAAGGGGAGUCGAGAGGAGGUUCCUUCGUUUUCGAGAAUCCGAAAUAUUCAAAUACGAAAACAUUCUUUCGGCGAAGAUUGUUGGAUAUUCAUCUCGUAAAUGUUAGUUCACAGUAAACGAUUAAACGGGGCGUAAUGAAAAGGGUUGAAACGAAGGACUGUAAAUCUAUACGCAUUAAACGGUACUGACUGCGAGAUAAAACCUAAUUAAAAGAUGCAAAAAUACAUAUAUAUACAUACAUAUAUAUAUAGAUCGCGAAGUUGUUGACACAAAAUAUCAAAUCAAUUUACAAAAAAGCGUUUUUCGUAGAUGUCAUAAUAGUGAGAAACGAUCGCGCGCACGUGUACGCGAAAAGGGAUUAAAUAAGUCUCCAAAGUAAACUUUAACGGAUCCAGUGAUAUUAUACUUCAUAUGUUAUGAACGAGCGUACUUUGCUACACUUUUUUUGUAAAUAUCUUACUGAGAAUACAAAAAUCUACAUACAUAUAUACAUCUACGUGUAUACAUACAUACAUACAUACAAGUAUCGGCAAUCUAUCACGAUUUCGUGAGAACGUUCGAAGGGUUGCGAUCGGUUCAGGAGGGGGGGUAGGGGUUGCUUGAUUCCAAUUCCAACGAACUAUCGGAUGAUCUGAAUAAAUUGAAUAAAUCUGAACAAAUUGAACUGAACGCAACUCGACGGAAAUAUCAGUUAGUUUCUGCUGCGGGGAACUAACAUUUUAUGGAAACGGCGUCACCGGAGGAGAAACGGGCGAAUGCACAACCAACAAACCAUUCGAUAGGUGGAGAGAAUUCGUCGCAACUUUGAAUCUAGAGCCUAAAUAUCGUUUAUUGCUCAUCCGUACGUUUACGAACGUCUCCACGAUCCAUACGCUGAUUUACGAACAGUCCUUUGACGCGUUCUUUUUUGUUCUUCUUGGUCGAUAUACCAUAAGGGUGCGUGCCUCGCUCGCGAGAGAGGUUUCUAUAAGGGUUAUACGUAUACAAUGCGCACGAUUCGCGUGUAACUCGCAGGAUCGAUUUGUAUAAAGCGAAAACGAGUGAAGCGGACGCGGGAGGAAAAUACGUACGCGGCUAUCACCGUCAGAAGCAAAAACUUAUUGUAAUAGUAUUAGGGGGACCGGAAAGUAAUGUCGUUUCUGCGCAUAUUUAUCUGUUUGAAUUUCAUGUAAACGAACGACAUAACUUUCCGGUCCACCUAAUGUAUCAUAGCGAUCAGGUAUGCGCGAAUACUAUAACUAAUUGAAAAAUUGAACAACAAUCUCGAUGCGUUUGUACAGCGAAUUUUUGUUCUACGACUUGAUUCCUCGGUUUCACCGUUGCAGGGCACUUAAUAUGUCGGUAUAAUAAUAGUCUUCCUCUCGAUACGUUGCGUUUAACUUUGAGCAUGUAGCAGCAACAACAGCAGCUCGAUAGUGAAGAUUUUGUUAGUCGAUGUCGAAAUAACAUUCGCGCAUGCCUACACAUACCGUAGGACGUACCGACGUAAGAUUCCCCUAAUCGUACUUAAACUCCGCCACCAGCAACAACAUAAAGAAACGAACAAAAAAGAAUACGAAUAAAACUGUGUCGGAUCUUUAAAACGCUGCGUACCUAGCGAUGGCUGUGUUCGACAAUGCUUACAUGUGUGUAUAUGUUAUGUUAUGUGCGUGGCGAGUGUGUACAUAUAUACAUAUACACAUGUAUACAGGUGCAUAUAUGUGUACGUAUCACGUAAAGGAGGAAAGGAACACACGCGCGCGUACAAAAGCGUACAUAAAUUGCACAGAUACACACCGUGUAUAAGGUCUAAUAAUCCCACACUCUUAUAUAGCGAGUAUUUAAGAUGAAAAAAAAAACAAACAAUUGUCCUUCGCGCAUAUUUAUUCCCUUUCCAUCCGAACGAGGAGCGUUAAUAAUUAACCGCGAUUAAUAAUAACAACACGAGGUUCAGUGUUUGCGUACUACUUUCUAUUAUAUCGUAGCAUAUCGCGUGUCGUAGCAGGUGCGUCGGAAUCGUUCUGAAAAUUUUUCGAGAGAGAAACGAUCGAGAGAGAGAGAGAGAGCGAAUUUCUUUCAAAUUCAAAUUACUUCCCGCAUUUAUUCGGAAUCGUUAACCAUUAUAAUUAAGGUCGCAAAAGUUUUCAGAGCGAUUCCGCUGUGUAAGCGUAAACAAACAAAAAAAUAUGGUUCUAUCCAAGGAGGACGAUUAUCGUAGGAAAUGGUGCUAACACUUUACGAACGAUCAGCGAUUUUGGGUGCCACUGGUAGAACACACAGUUUUGUGAACGUACUCGAAGAAGCAGGUUUUAAUUCCUUCGUUACAGUCAGUUUUCGUUCGACUGCACAAUAUCAGGGUAACAAAUUCGAGCGAUUUACAAAACGAACGAGAAAGAGAAAAGACGAGAAAUACAUAUUAGUAAUUACAUCCGUAUAAUCAGUUUACGAACGAUCCUUCAAUUUUUUCGCAUCGACUCAACUACGUGUAUUAUAGCUUGCGAGAAUAGAUCUCUAUCCGGCAAGAUUAUAUAUAUUAUAUUAUAUAAUUAUAAUUAUAUAAUAAUAUAUAUAUUAUAUUAUAUUAUAUUAUAAUAUUAUAUUAUUAUAUUAUAUUAUAUUAUAUAUAGCCGAAAUAUAAUAUAUAUAUAUAUAUUAUAUUUCGGCUCGUGAGGUUUGUUUGAACAAUAAGAGACACACACGGGAGAGAGAGAGAGAGAGAGAGAGAGAGAGAGGAGCCAUCCUCUCUCCGGUGUUACGAAAGAAAAAAAGAAAACUGCAGAUACUUUGUUUUACGUAGUGUUUACUACUACCACCACCGUCUAACAAUUAUUAAUAACAAUUACCUCUAUCCUUAGCGCAUACACACGUACAUACAUACCAUGAAAUUGAAAGAAAAAAACAUUUAAACGAUACUUCGCGCGGCCGGCGAGGCGUUGGACACGCGCGAACUUUCAAACGCGUUUAAUUCUAAGCGGACACGAGUGGGGGCGCUACAAGAUAAAUUAUAUCUCUUCGGUAUAACGAUUCUAGGGCUUGGGGUACGUUCCGCUUGGCCGGGUACCUCGGAGAUGUUUAAAAGAUAUUGACAAUAUAUAUACAUGUGAUUGACAGAAGGUCCCGUCACAGUUUUUGUAAACUACAUCAUGUUUCUAUAGGAUUUACCGGUCGGGGAACGAAGAAAGUACGAGAAAUCGUAAUAAUCACGAUCGUGAUCAAGGUGUGACGCGAUACCGAUUCGAAGAGAACACGAAGGAAGACCUUUUUCUUUUUAAGUACGGCAAGUUUUGAACAUUCGAGAACCGUUUAUCCUUACGUUUAAGAUCUACCGCUUUAAUUGAACAGUUGAAAUUUUAAAUUUCAGUCGCUAACAUUGAAACACCUAAUUCUGAAUUUGAAUCGAAAUUCGAGAUCGUUGGGCAUAUUUAAUUAAUUAUCGCGUACGGUCGGCUUUCCUCGUUCCCCCGCUUUAGUAAUAUUAUCAUCGUACGAGAGAACAAUUUUUCUCCUUCAUUUUCUCUUUCGUUACUUUUUUCUUCCCCCUUUUCUCUCUAUAAUAUAUUCGCGGUCCAGUGAUACUGCAUAGAUAAGUUUGAUUGAAACUUUCCGGAACGAUACCGAAUUAUCAAUUCAGUGCACUUCGAUCGAUUAAUUGAACUCGUUCGUUGUUCAUUUUGAACGUCUAUUUAGGCCAUGUUCGAAACCAGACCAGACUUCUAUUUUAUACCUGUAUUUCACGGUCCGGAUAUUAGAAUGAUUAUCUACUGCGCAUUAUUAUGUAUAUGUACAUUUUCGGUUAAUAGAGAUAAUAUUUCAUAUUUC